AUGAGUACACACAUAGAAUUGAGUCACGUCAAUGUGGUGAAACUCUGGCACGUCGCUGAUUCUGCCGACAAUAGCUCCACGCAUCUGGCUUUGGAAUUGUGUGCCGGGACAUUGAUGGAUUAUUGCGAAAAGAAAUACAGCGGACCGAAAUUGCCGCCAGACGAAUUGGUCCUUUAUCAAAUCGCCAAUGGAUUGCAUUACAUCCACUCGAGAAAUUUGGUGCAUCGCGAUAUUAAACCGGAAAACAUCCUCAUUUCAAUGACGUCGCCCGUUCAAAUGAAAGUCUCUGAUUUGUCGUUUGUUAAGAAAACACACCAAGAUAUUUUUUCGCAGAGUAAAAUCAGAGGAACUCUUCUCUGGAUGGCACCUGAGAGACUUAAGGUUUUAAUUGACACUGAAAACAAGUCUGCCGAGCUCCCAGAUGGAACAAUCAAAAGUGACACGUUUUCAUCCGGAUGUGUUUUUUUCUAUUUCCUGACGCGUGGUAAACAUCCAUUUGGGAAGAACCAAGCCAUUGUUCCAGGUAACAUUUUAAAAAACAAACAGGAGGAACUCGUCAGCUACAAGCAAAAUUUGGCGGCAGACGAGGUAAACGGAAAAAUCCUUGCUGGUUUGAUUGAGAAAAUGAUUCAAUUUAAAGAAGAAGAAAGAAUUGGAUCGCCUGAGGUCAUCAAACAACUCGCCGCAUUGUACGGAAUGGACAAAAGCAAAUGUCAAUUGAGCCCCGUUGAUGUGUCGUUAGGUGGGAAGUACAGCAUCAGUUCCCACCCCACUGAGCUGAUCCUUGCAUGUGCCAAUGAGAAAAAGUUAAUAUUUUACACUGCCGAAAAUUUGGCUAUUCCGUUUUCCAAUUGGAGAAAGAAGAAAGAAGAAGUCACAUUUCAACAUCUAACCUUCGUUCAGCCGCUUGAGUGGAAUAUUAACGGGACACGACUAGCUGCUGGAUUUCGUGACGAUACUCUCGUCGUAUGGAGUUACCCAGAGUGCGAAAUCCUCUUUCAAAAGAAAUUUUCGGAUUGUUUCACUGAAAUAAAUUGGAAUUCAACCAGGCCUAACUUAUUUGCUGCUUAUCAUAAGAUUUGGUCUAUGGACGACGACAAGCCAAUUUAUAGCCUGGAGUUUCCACUAAAGAACAUCGGGAGUGAAUUUGCUUGGCGCUUGUGCACAGGAGAUGGGGAAGAAGAGGGCGGAAUCGAAAUGGCAAGGAAAUCAGCCAAAAACUUCAUUUUUGCUUAG